AUGCCUCCGAAGAAGUGGGUAGAUGACGAAGAAAGUGAAGGUGGCGACUCCGCCCCUGAAACCUCUCCUGCGGCCGCGGUUGGCCGUCGACGACAGUUUGACGACGAAGAAGAUGACGGCGAUGUGCUUGACUCUUGGGACGCUGCUGAGGACUCCGAAGUAGAGCGCGAGAAGGCAAAAAAGGCUGCCGAGGCUAAGGAAAAGGCUGCCGCUGCUGCUGUCGCCAACAAGAAGUCAAAGACUCAGCGCAUCGCCGAGCAUCAGGCUGAACGCGCUCGUCUCCAGGCCGAAGAUGACGAGGAGAGCGAGGAAGAGACAGAGUCAGCUCGCCGCGAGCGACUUCGCCGCACUGAGAAGGACGCCGAUCUCAAGCACGCCGAAGACCUUUUCGGAAGCAUUGGUAUCAGUGAUGGACGGAAGGCCAACCCUUCCAGCACCAUGAUUGCCGAUCCUGAAAACCCCACGAACCUUAUCAACCUUGCGGCCGUCCCGAUUUUCAACCCUCAGACAAAACUGCAGUUUGAGAAGAUGCGCGGCGUUCUCUCACCUCUUGUUGCUGCCAACACCAAGAAGGCCCACUACGGCCUCUUCCUUGAGGAGUUCUCCAAGGAUCUUGUCAAAGAGCUGAACAGCGAUCAGAUUAAGAAGAUUGCCAGUGCUCUUACCCGCGCCAGUAAUGAAAAGCUGAAGGAGGAAAAGGCCGGAGACAAGAAGAAGACCAAGGCCGCCAAGACAAAGACCUCCCUCGUCGCUAGCAGGGCUGGUACUGCUGAUACCGCGGCUUAUGACGAUGAUGCCUUUGGAGAGUAA